GUGGCUGAAGCCCCCAGAGUGGCAGGUUUGCUGUUUCUGUUGGGAUGUGAAGCUAUGGGAAGUGGCUGGGAUCCAGGGCAGCAUGUCGCCAUUGCAGGGGUCUCCAGCCUUUUUGGAACUGAGGGCUACUUCACAGGUACUGAGCCACACGAAGGGCUACCAGUGUGAAACGCCCUCCUAAAUGUACCCAAACUUCAUGUAUAAUAAACGUUUUAAAUGCUUUUUUUUUAGAUAUUGUCAUCUUCUAAUCUAUAUAAAUGUAAAUGUGAUUAAAGAAGAAUAGCAACAGGAUAAAAUUAAAUUUUAGACGCUGCUCACUGGUGAGUUGUGCUAUUUUUAGAACAGGUCCGCGGGGGACUCCUGUGGUCCUUUGGGGCGUCCUGGGGUCCACUGCCACCAGGGAUUUCUCCUGUGUCACAUCACCCAUGAGUGGGGCCUGGUGUAACGCGGGUGUAAUGCAGGUGUAACUAAUUUUUCUUAUGGGUCAGUGUUGUGAUGGGUUGCUGGAUGCAAGGGCUACUUAGAGCGCUCCCUGGUGGACAGACACAUGAAUGCAGCGGGCCCUGUGGGUUUCUCACCUGGGACAGUCUGUGAGAAGCUGGCCCUGUUCCGUCCCGCAGAAACGCAGACUAUCAUGGCCGUUCACAGAAUCCAGAGGUGCGCGUUCCCGACGGACUCCCAUUCCUGCUCCUGAGUUCGUGGCGCACGUGAUUGAAAUGAAAGCUGCCAUGGUCAUGGGGAGGUGGUGGGGAUGUGGAAGCUGGGCGGAGAUGGCAAGGAAAAGGAGGGAGGAGGAGGCAGUGAGGAGAAAAUGCAGAAGAGAUGGUGGUGAGAAGAUGGUGGGGAUCAGGAGGCCGGGCCGGAGAUGGCGAAGAAAAGGGGAGAGGAGGAGGAAAUGCAGAAGAGAUGGUGAUGGACCCUUGUUGGAGACCCACGAUGUGUUUGGGCUACGCGGGCAGAUCGAGCACAAGAUGGCCUUCCUGAAGAGGCAUGUGCCCCGUGACACCAAGCUGGUGCUAAUCGGCCAUUCCAUCGGCUGCUACAUCAUUCUGGAGAUGAUGAAGAGGGACCCACAGAUGCAGGUUCUAAAGGCGUUGCUGCUGUUCCCGACAAUCGAGCGCAUGGCGGCGAGCCCGCAGGGCCGGCUCAUGACACCGGUGCUGUGCCGGCUGCGCUUUAUCACCUACCUGCCCAUCUUCCUGCUCUCCCUGCUGCCCCUCAGCCUUCAAGCUGCCAUCGUCAAGGUAGUGCUCAGCGGCCUCCCAUCCCUGGACCGCACCGCUGCUGCUGCUACGCUCAGCCUCUUCAAUGUCGACUGUGUAGGUGAGAGUACAUCUGGGUGCCCUCAUCCUGCACCCCACACCCUGCCCCUCUACCCGAGACCCUCAAAUCCUGUACCCUACGCCCCUCAUCCUACACCCUAUGUCCUACUCUCUCCACUACACUCUCCCAUCCUGUACCUACACCCUACUCUCUACCCUACACCCUCCCAUCCUGUACCCUACACCCUACCCUCCACCCUGCACACAGUAAAAUGAACCUUCAGCACUCUAACAGACAUUUUUGUUUAUGUACCCGAACAUGUAUGUUUAUGCUCCCAGUAAGCAUGUUAGUGUGCCUUUCAAUAUACCCGUCAGGAAUUUGUUUGGCUGCCGCUGUGCAUGUUUCUGUGUAAUAACAAUCAGAGGGGUAUUUUCAGGGGGGAAAAUGCUCAGAUAAGUGAUAAGGGGCCGCAGGGCCAGACAUUUUCCACUCGGAAGCAGGCAGGCGGCUGCGGGGGUCCCGGUUUUUGGAGAUCGUCGUCCAAACUGCAUCCCAGCUGUCCUCCUUGCCAGCCAGACACGGAGGUGUGAGGCUGCAUUUUCCCUCUUUCUCUUUUAUCCAUGUGUCUCCUGCAGUAUGGGGUCCGCUAUCCGGUAUCGGUUUUCAUGGGGGGGGUCAAGCGGGCUUUCCUGGCGGAGACUGGCCCGCGGUGGCGGUAACGAGCCCG